GAUGGCCUGCAUUAUAUUUUUGUCUGGGAUCUGUUCUGAUUGAGGUUUCUUUUCUGUGUGACAUAGGUACUAUUUACUACUCUUACUUACUCUACUUUCCUCCUUCUCAUAUUCACUCGGUCUUUUGUCAAUUCCAACAUUCUCUCCAUCUACUUCAGUUCGGGGCCCAGUGUGACUGUUUGUUCUCUUCUUUUACUGCUCUUUACCCCGGGUUUAUUCGAGGAUUCUGCUAGAUCAAUAAACCCAUCUUCUAACAUCCAGUCAAUAUACCCAACCGUAACAUCUUCGAUCUACCUCCCGGUCUUUUGACAGAACAACACGGUUUGAGUCACAUCUCAACUCAAAUCACUCCGUCUAACAACCACAUCUUACCCAUUCUACCUUUCAAUAACCAAUCAUCACCUCCCCUCCCUACCCCAAAAAUGACCGCCCCCUACACCACCUCCCCUCACAUCACCAAAGUCCCCCUCGAAACCAUCUCCAAACUCUCUCCCUUCUCCGGCCUCAUCCUCUCCAUAAUCCUAAUCCUCUACUUCCUCAUCCGCUACUACCUCUUCGAACCCCUCCUCCUCCCCUAUCUCUACGGUUCCACAUUCACGACCAUGCCCUCAGGCUCCGCCCUCCGCUGCGGCUUCAUCAACCACCACAUCGCGGGCCUCACAAAACUGCUCAUCCUAAUCCUCGCAGCCUAUCCCUUCAUCUCCGUCACUUUCCUCACCAGCUCCCUACACAGUCCCUUCGCACCAGGAAGCGAAACCACAAUGGGAGAUGUGCUCAUCAUUGCCGCGCAAAUGUUGAUCGCAAUGUAUAUAUUCGAGUUACUGUACCGACCGAAAAUUAGUCCGGUGAGCGUGGGACAUCAUGUUGGAACCAUUUUGAUUGGUCAGAGUGCUAUUGCGAUAAGUUUGGAUUUGGUGAAGGAGAGGGAUGCCACGAUUGAGUUUAUUUUGUGUACGGUUUGGGGAGCCUUCGACAUCAUCUCCGAAUUCCUCCCCCACCUCACCAUCAUUCUCUACCGCUGCAACCCCACCUCCCACGCCUUCCUCCGCAAAAUCUUCCGCAUCGCAGCCAUCACCACCUUCGCCGGCACAAUCGGCGAAACAAUCGUCACCAUGUUUCUCUUUGGGAGUUUGUGGAAUCGAUGGACACUAGCGUUCAAAAUCUCAACGCCCUUGUUGCAUGUGGUGUUUAUGGCGGCGCAGUUGUGGGGGACGUGGAAUUUUGUGGGUUUGUAUAGACGACAGGGGGUUUUGAUGAGGGAGAAGGAGAAGAGGGACGUGGAAGAGGGAAGGGGGGCGGAUGGUUUGGAUGGGAUGGCGGAGAGAAAUGGGGAUGAGGAGAGAAGUAUGAGUGAGAUUGAGGUGGAAAGACAGGGAGAGAGAGAAUAUGCUGGGAAUGAGAGAAAAGAGGGAGUUGUGGUGACGGGUUGGAGUCGAUUUCGGGGAAUAAUUCGAGUUUGAGGGAUGGAGAUCUUUCGUUCUCUAAUGACUUUGUGAGAUCUGUGAGGAAAAUACACACAGCAAGGUCAAGGUUAUGAAAAAGAGUGGUAUUGGGUGAGGGCAUUAGGCGUUAGUUACAUCGAGCAUUUUGGUAUUGGGAUAUCGCAUAGCAUUUGGUGUGGAGUUGAAAGAUAUGAUGGAUGGAUGAUUCAUGUAUAGAUAUGUAAGUAUUUUCUGGGACUCAUCAAUUGCAUGCGUAUGAUAGAUAAUAGACAGAAACGGACUGGAAUGAUAGACAAGUAGAUAGACGAAGAAUUAAAAC